AUGUCAAAGCGCCACAGCGUUAAGUACAAAAUCGACCGCCGGAUGGGCGAAAACAUCUGGGGUCGUCCGAAGAGCCCGGCCAACAAGCGUGAAUACGGCCCGGGCCAGCAUGGCCAGCGCCGCAAGGGCAAACUGUCCGACUUCGGUGUUCAGCUCCGCGCCAAGCAGAAGCUGAAGGGUUAUUACGGCAACAUCUCCGAAAAGCAGUUCCGCAAGGUUUAUUCCGAAGCAUCGCGCCUGAAAGGUGAUACUUCCGAAAACCUGAUCGGCCUGCUGGAGCGUCGCCUCGACGCGGUUAUCUACCGUGCCAAGUUCGUUCCGACCGUGUUUGCGGCCCGUCAGUUCAUCAACCACGGCCACAUCAAGGUCAACGGCAAGCGUGUGAACAUCCCGAGCUACCAGUUGCGCCCGGGCGAUGUCAUCGAAGUUCGCGAAAAGUCCAAGCAGCUCGGACUGGUGCUGGAAGCUAUCCAGUCAGCAGAACGUGACGUGCCGGACUAUGUCGACGCCGAUCAUUCCAAAAUGUCCGCGACCUACAACCGUAUCCCGGGUUUUUCCGAUGUGCCCUAUCCGGUACAGAUGGAACCGAACCUGGUUGUCGAGUUCUAUUCGCGCUAA